CAUAUCCUACUUUCCAUUUUUCAUCAUCAACAAAAACAAAAACAAAAACAAAAACAAAAAAACCUCCACAACCGCCCGACCUGAAACGACGCGGUUUCAGCCCACGUGGCAGAACACCCCUUAUCUCAGCGGGCCCCGCACUUCCCUGUCCCGUAAAUCCGACGGCGGAGAUCUCUCAUCUGCCGUCAUCUUAGGGUUUUCUUAGUCACUCCUUCGGAACGCAAUCCUUCUUCUUAUUUGAGUGUUGCCUUGGCCUAAAAAAAAAACUUCUCUUUCGAGUCCGUUUUCCUCAUUUCCUCUCGCGCGUCUCUCCGUUUUGCUCGGUUCUGCGUGUCGCCGCCGCACCUCCUCGGCGGCUCUACCCACCAUCUCCGUUCCCUCCACCGCCUUCCCUCUCCUCCUCCCCCCUAUCCAAAACAAACUAAAAAAAAAAGAGUUCAUUCAGAAACUGAAUUGUUGUUUUUUUUUGUUUCGGUUGUCUUCUGGGUCCUUUUGUCGAACAGUUGGUGUGCGUAUCUAUCGGGUUAGAAAGAGUUUUAGGGUUUCAGUUGCAGUCGUCGUAAAUAAAGAGAGGAGAGGGAAGAUUUGGUUGAAAAAAUCCCAAAAAAAAGGAGCCGAGAGAAAGAAGGGGUGGUAAAUUUGUACUGGGUUGUUUAUUUUUGGACUGCAAGAGUUUGGUUCGUUUUUUUUUUCUUUCUUGGAGGAAGUUCGAAGAGAGUAAUGGCUCAGGUACCGGUUCAAGCGCAAGGUGUGAACGGCGGGGCGAACAACAACCCGCAUUUCACCACCACUUCGCUCUACGUCGGCGAUCUGGACUUCAACGUCACCGAGGCGCAGCUUUUCGAUCUGUUUAACCAGGUCGGCCAGGUUGUGUCGAUUCGUGUUUGCAGGGACUUGACCACUCGCAAGUCGCUGGGCUAUGGCUACAUCAACUUCACCAACGCCCCCGAUGCUGCCAGGGCAUUGGAUAUCCUCAAUUUCACUCCAAUUAACGGGAAACCUGUUAGAAUCAUGUAUUCUCACCGUGACCCUAGCAUUCGCAAAAGUGGUGCUGGAAACAUUUUUAUCAAGAAUUUGGACAAGGGCAUCGACCACAAAGCACUGCAUGAUACCUUCUCUUCCUUUGGGAACAUUCUCUCCUGCAAGGUAGCCACUGACUCUUCUGGACAGUCAAAAGGUUAUGGGUUCGUCCAGUUUGAUAGUGAGGAAGCUGCACAGAAGGCCAUCGAGAAAUUGAAUGGAAUGCUGCUAAAUGACAAGCAAGUUUAUGUAGGUCCUUUCCUACGUAAGCAGGAAAGGGACUCCUCAAAUGACAGGGGCAAAUUCAAUAAUGUGUAUGUGAAGAAUCUUGGUGACAACACCACUGAUGAUGAUUUGAAGAAUGCCUUUGCUGAAUAUGGACCAAUCACCAGUGCUGUGAUUAUGAGAGAUGCAGAAGGAAAAUCCAAAUGCUUUGGUUUCGUCAACUUUGAGAGUUGUGAAGAUGCAGCUAGAGCUGUUGAUGCUCUUAAUGGAAAGAAAUUUGAUGACAAAGAGUGGUAUGUUGGAAAAGCCCAAAAGAAAUCUGAGAGGGAAGUUGAACUGAAACAAAAGUUUGAGCAGACAAUGAAAGAGGCUGCUGAUAAGUUCCAAGGAGCUAACUUGUAUAUUAAAAACCUAGAUGAUAGCAUAGCUGAUGAAAAGCUGAAGGAAUUAUUCGCCCCAUUUGGUACAAUCACAUCAUGCAAGGUCAUGCGAGAUCCUAGUGGCGUUAGUAGAGGCUCAGGGUUCGUCGCGUUCUCUACUCCUGAGGAAGCUAAUAGAGCUCUUUCGGAGAUGAACGGAAAGAUCAUUGUCAGCAAACCAUUGUAUGUUGCACUUGCACAAAGGAAGGAAGAUAGAAGAGCCAGACUGCAGGCUCAAUUUUCUCAAAUGCGACCUAUGGCAAUGCCACCUUCUGUUGCACCUCGCAUGCCAAUGUAUCCUCCUGGGGCACCUGGAAUGGGACAGCAGAUAUUCUAUGGCCAAGCUCCUCCUGCUAUUAUACCUUCUCAGCCUGGAUUUGGGUAUCAGCAGCAGCUUGUGCCUGGUAUGCGUCCUGGAGGGGCACCUAUGCAAAACUACUUUGUCCCAAUGGGUCCACCCGGUCAGCAGGGUCAGCGACCUGGCGGUAGAAGGGGAGGUGCUGGUCAGCAAUCCCAGCAACCGGUUCAACUCAUGCAGCAGCAGAUGCUUCCAAGGGGCGGCCGUGUCUACCGCUAUCCUCCAGGGCGUGGCAUGCCCGAUGGCCCCAUGACUGGUGUUGCUGGGCCUGGAGGCAUGCUCUCUGUUCCAUACGACAUGGCUGGUUCCAUGCCUAUGCGUGGCGAUGCAGGACUGUCUCAGCCAAUCCCCAUAGGGGCUCUGGCCACUGCACUUGCUAAUGCUACUCCAGAUCAGCAGAGGACGAUGCUCGGUGAGAAUCUGUACCCCCUGGUGGAACAACUGGAGCCAGAUGCUGCAGCUAAGGUGACAGGGAUGCUUCUGGAGAUGGACCAGACCGAGGUUCUGCACUUGCUCGAGUCACCAGAGGCAUUGAAGGCGAAGGUUGCCGAGGCCAUGGACGUGCUGAGGAGUGUUCAGCAGCAUCAGGCAGCUGGUGGUACAGCUGAUCAGCUGUCGUCGCUGUCUUUGAACGAGAGCCUUGUCUCUUGAAGCUACUGUGCGGUUGGUCGGAGUGUGGUUGAUGUAGUGUGCAUGGGCGUUUGAGACUAGACAGAGUUGUGUUCUGAUACAUUGGUAGACUUGGUUUUUGUUUUUGGGGUUUAGGGUUCUCUAGGAGACUGAUGUUCCUUUCGGUUUGUAGCUUUUAUUUUUUCUCGAGUUUUCUUUUGCUGGAGCUGUGAACUACAGGCUUGAUUGAUGACUUGUCUUCAAUCGUUGAUGCUUUCGCGUUCUGGCUUGCUCUAUGUGUGUUAUGCAUUUGCUUGAAAAAAUCUUGUUUUGUGGCGUAUCUUUUAGAUUUUUUUUUUAUAAUAUUUAAAAUGUAUUAGUUAAAAAUACGUCCAUGAAGCAAAUUAAUAUCUACUGAGCAGCCAAUCGCAAGCUGCCACGUGGUUUCCCUUUCUGAAAAAUAGCCGACAAAACAAGGCGGCCCACAUCAUUUCUCUUUCUGGAAAAAAGCAGG